AUUCAAAGUAAAAUGAGCCUCCUUAUUAAAGGGAGCAGCGAAGAAAGAGACUCUGCUUGUCCGCACGGGCAACCACCUCCCGCUCGAGUCCGACCCUGUCCAUGGCAGCAGCCCCGCUGGCUGCCCACCAGCCGUCGUCGUCGCGCUAGUCUCCUGAUAGAUGCAUGGGGGCCGCCUCCCGCCGCGCGGCGCCGGCGCCGGCCUGGCGGUCGUCGUGCCUAGCGCUGUGCCUGCUGCCCGUCGCGCUGCCGCUGCUGCUGCUCUGCCUCCCGCUGCUCUGCGUCGUCGUCGCCUUCGCCCGCUUCCGCCGCCGCCGGCGCAGGCUGCUGGUGACGGCGGCGAAGAGCAGGAGUUGCUGUCCCGGUGAGCGAUCGUUGCACGAGGCGGAGGGCCACCGCGCCGCGCUGCUGCACAAGUACCUCGAGGACCAGAUGGAGCUCGUGGCCGGCGACGCCGUUGCCGUGGACCCGACGCCGAGCUCGCAGCGAAGCCACCCACAUCAGAAGCAGCAGUAGCGUGGGCUACAAGACGGCGCAGGAAACAGAGCUUGAUGACUACGGGCGGAUGAUCUGAUUAGAGGACUUCGGUGUUCUUGCGUCACUUUGUUCUCUUAGGACGGACUUGUUUGUAGAUGGUUGUUCCCGCUGUAAAUUCCUCUUUUUUUUUUGACAAAGAUAAAGUUGAGC